AUGCACUGCAGAGCUGAAAUCGGCUACUUAGUAGGAUACCGAGCAAGCAAUAUCUGGAAAGUCUGGUUCCCGCGUACGAAUAGCUACAAAUACGUUCGUGACGCAACUUUUAAUAAGAGCCUGAAUUACAGGAAGCAUCCCUCCGAGCCCCUAAAGAUCCGUACGGCCUACAACAUGGUUGGAAUAUAUUUCGCUGUUAUUGGAAACAACUGUGCCAUUCCAACUGUGUUGGCCUUCUUGUCAAACAAUGUUGUUGGCUCGAGCAAAAGGCAAAUUGCUGUUCCGCUUCAGACCAGCCUGGCCGCUAUUGGGGGAAUUUUUGGAUCACUGGUGUUUUGGGAGCAGGACUAUCCCGGAUAUCGCCCUGGGCUAUACGCUUCUAUUGCUUGCUUGGUGGUUUGCAUCCUAAUAACCCUGUUUAUCACUGCAUUCUUUCGCCGUGAGAACCAAGCCGCCGACAAAAAGGGGAAGAUAUUGGAAGGGCUUGAAGGCUAUCGCUACACGCUUUGA